UUACUCCACAGCUGCAAUGUGAGGAGCAGAUUCCGCACCCUUUUGAGGCACGCAUCCAUCCGGGUGGGUUCCCCCCGAGGUCACCCUGCUGUGUCCCCACGCAGGUGAUGAUGGCGUGUUCCUUGGAGCAGGCGUUGGCUGUGAUGGUCUCUACCUUCCACAAAUACUCGGGGAAGGAGGGGGACAAGUUCAAGCUGAGCAAAGCGGAGCUGAAGGAGCUGCUCACCAGGGAGCUGCCCGCUUUCGGCACCAAGCAGAUGGAUGAAGGGGAGUUCCGGCGCCUGAUGAACGACCUGGACCACGACAAGGACAGCGAGGUGGACUUCAAGGAGUACGCCUGCUUCCUGGCCUGCGUGGCCAUGGGCUACAACGAGUUCUUCCGCGAAGCCCAACGGCCCCGCAAGAAGUGA